ACCUCACUUCCUGGUAGGUGUCCCAGCCUACAGACAUAGCCUGUGGUUAUCAGGUGCCUUUUUUCCCCUCUUAUCAGUGUUGUACAGCACGUAGGUCUUGGUGGUAUAAGGUUCACCACGCCUUAGCUGCUGCUGCAUGGUCCUCUCUUUCUGGAUACGUUAAAAGUUGUGUUUCAAGAUUAGUCAAAAUAAAGAUCAGAACUAACAUUUGGAACUUAACCAGGUCAAAGGGAUUUUCUGUGAAAGCUGCAUGUCUCACCACAAAGUCAUCAUGUCUAAAGGGAAAAAGGAUAAGUUAUUUUCUGCAGAUGAUAUUUAUGCAUAUGCGCUGUCUAAGACCCUGACACAAGUUUCAUCACCUGCAACUGUAGGACUCUACUCUUCAUGUCAGAAUCGAAUUAACAUGAUCCUCGGACAAAUGGAAGAGUACAUGAAGCAGGAGGCUGAGCUGAAAUACAAAGGAAGAUCUAGACCUUGCUCAGUUAACCCUUCAUUUAAUGGCUUUCUUGCGCUCAGGCGAAUGCUCUUCUGUCGGCCCAUUUGGACUGAGGAGAACCAGCAGCACCAUAACAUCAGGUUCAUUUCUGUGCAUUUUAGUGCCUGGCAUUUUGCAGGCAGUGACCUGCUUUGGGCUGGGCUAGCCAUACGGCUGUUUCAAGCCAUGCAGAUUAACUUUGGGAAAUUACAGCUUGUACUCUACCGUGUGGCUCAGCAUGAUGAAGAAGACGAAAUCAAGAAGAAGAAAGUGGAGGAUGGUCCUAACCGUUGGAGGUCCAAAAAGAUUUGCUGCUGCCCUCUGUGGUUUCUCGUCCUGUCCGUUUUUGUGGUACUAAUUAUCAUCCCAGUAUAUCUGUUGACUUUUGGCCUUCCUAAAAAUGAGGUGCAACCAGGCGAAGGGGUGAAUGGAACAACAGGCUGGGUGGGCGUGCUGGAGGGCCUGGUCAUCGCUUCAUUAGGAGUCCCUGCAGCAAGCACAUUGAGGUUCGCUUUUCUGAUGGGUAAGAAUCUCAUCUUCAACCAGGAUCUGAACAUCAAGAAGGGGAUGGACAAUGACCGGGUCAGCAGCCAACUGGGCUUCAUGAACGAAGUGAGGAAGGAAAUGUGGUUUCUGUCUCGCUUCAUCCAGUUUAUGGAGGUGUUUGAGAGGAGAACGAUCCGAGUGGUACUCAAGAUCACCAAUCUGGACCGGUGCUCCCCCAAGAAAAUUGUUGCAGUUCUGGAUGCCAUCAACAUUCUACUUUCAGAAGAGGAAAGUCCAUUUAUUUCCAUUCUGGCUGUCAACCCAGAUGUUCUUGUACAGAAAGUGAACUUUGCAGAUGGCUGCUUCAGCAAAGAGGACAGAGCUCAUGCACUGCUGAACGGCAUCGUGACUCUGGCAUUCACGGUCCCACCACUGUGCGAUGAUUCAAAGCGCAGUUUAUUUUACAGCCUCUCUAGCAAUUCAAAAAUCUCUAAGGACAUAAGCCGCAGGCAAGAUAAACAUAGAUGUGGGUGCCUCAAAAGGAGAUCUUCCUCGGAUGUAGAGAUUCCAUUGGAGUCAAAACCAAUGAUGGAUGAAACUACAGCAGAUGUGAAGGAGGAGGAAGUGGAGAAGCUGGUCAGCAGCAUCAUGACAAGCAAUGAAAGGAAUCUAAACAAGUACAUGUUAGAUGAUGCCAUGUCAAUGAGGAGGGUGAUCAACUCCAUUCGAGUGACUGUGAUAAUUAUGAAGGCCUUGAAAAAAGAGCUUCCUCAACCAGAAUACAUUGCAGCAUGGGUGGUCUUGGCCAAUCAGUGGCCCUGCCGCCUCAGCUGGAUCAUCCAGUGUGUGGAAGAUGCUGAGCAGAGAGCAGGUAUUGAUCAUACAAAUGUGGCCAACUUUGAUGAUUCAAAGACGUUAUGGGAUGUCUUCAGUGAGUCCAGGGCAGAGCUGUAUGUGAUGAGUGCACAGAUUGAGGACCUCCUCGAGCAGGAUGGAGAUCCUGAGAUGUUUGAAAGAUUUCUCGCAGUAGAUUUUCUUUUCACCAUAAAGGACUUGAGGGCAUUUGAAGUGGCAACGGUGAACCUGGAUCAUUCGAUUAGGAAGGAGCUGGCUCAGAUCAGAGGGACAUCCAGACUGAAAGAUUCUGAUUGGAUGAGGAACCUAGCUCCCCUGCCAAUCACAACUAUCAUCAAUAUGAAUACAGAGGAUGUUUGUAAAGAGUUGGAGAGGAUGAAAUACCCCAGUACGUAUAUUGAUAUUGUGAGAAGCAAUGACCUCAAUGGUUUGGCACUGGUGUUUGGUGAAGUAGAUGACCUUAAAGCCCUCCUAGAUAUGACCUUCGGUGAAUGGGCACGUUUCAGACUGCACUUCCUGGGUUUACCAUCACGUCUCCAACCACAAUACAGGAGCAUGCCACCAGCACCUUCUCAACCUCAGAACCAGCCGUCUAGAUUUACCCUACAUAUUCCCCAUCAUUGAUCGUCUAAUCUCAGUCUGUAACAGCUGCAUGUAGGAAUCCGAUCCAUUGUCAGUAAGCCUGAUACCUAAAAUUAUGAUCUGCGUGUGUAACAUUUAUUAACAAUCUUAACAGUAAAAAUACACAAUCUGUGCAUAGAAAUCGCAUACAGAAAGCAAUGCAUGACUAAAAAUCUUAUGCAAAAUGUGUCAGUGUUACUAAUAAAUCAUUUAAUGAAUAGUUUUUGGGAAAUUUGCUUAUUCGUUCUCUUGCCAACAGUUAGAUGAGAAGAUCAUUACCACACUAAUGACUGUAUGCUAAAUAUGAAGCUAGAGCCAGUAGGACUCUGUCCAAAGUUUAAAAAUACGCCUACCAACACCUCUAAAGCUCACUAAUUAAUACUUAUCACUGCGCUCAGCCGCCAUUCACCAAGAAAGAGUUAAAACAAGUAAUUCCUAGUAAAACCACAACUUGACAUUUUAACAUUUAUGUUGUUCUGUUGUUUGGAUUCAACAAGCAAGAUACAAAUAACAAAUGCACUUCUCAGUUUUUGUCAACCUAACUGGUUUACAGUUAAUUUCAAGACAUUUUAAGUAAUGUAUGAUUUAACGUUCAUGAACUGGAGAGUUUAUUUAAAUGUGACGUAAUUACAUUCACUUUGUUAGCUACAGGAGCUUGUGAUAAACUCUUGUUAGCAAAAACACUGCUUAGAAAAAUGUUUAACCUUUUGUAACUAUUUCAAAUAACUAUCACAUACAGGUUUAUAAAUUUAAGGGGGACAAGCGCAACAAUGAUAGCUGUAGUGUUACCUAGAUGUCCAGUCAUGUAUAAAUCAACCUUAGCUAACUCGACUGUGUCUUUGUCAUGGAUUACAUUUUCCCAUAAUAUGCAUUUUUCAUUGCAGUUACGAUGGUUUAAUUCCAUUUUAAUGCUUCAGUUUCAGGGUCCUGGAAUUGUGUAUGCUGGCUCACCAUCAUGAUUUUACUGUGACACUUGAAUAGAAUGGAGCCAUUGUUAAUGUUACUAAUAACACCUGUGCUUUUCCUACUAUGACGUCAAAAUGUCUGCUGUUAAAAAAGGCCUGUUAUAAGACAGCAGUGUUUUUGUUUUUCUGUGUGUUUAUAAAAGGAAAGGUGGCACAUAGAAAAGGAUCAGGAAGAUAAAAAGCUGUAAAACUUGUUACCCAAAGAAAAUAUACAGACCAACUAUUGUUUUACCAUUGCUUUUAGUCAUUUUCAGUUACAUAUAACAUGACCUUUUUGUAGGAAAAUAAGAAGCUCCAGAGGCUCUAUUAUCAGUCUUUCACUCUCUCUUUGCCAUCACACAGUGACAUACACAUGAAGAUAUUUAACUAAAUUUGAGGAGUGUUCCAUCAACGACUGAGGCUGUAGUUCACUGUGAGGGUUAACAGGAGAUUCCUUCAUGCACAUAAUUGCAACUUGAUUGAAGGUUUUACUCAUUCCAUUUUUUUAUGUUGUUUUGGUUGGUUGCACUUUUUUAUUUUGUAUUUACUGUAACUUUUACUGUAACUUUAUUCUGGAAUCAGUGAAUGUUUAUGAGGUGUGUAAGGUGCCUAUGCUAUACAUCCUAAAUGCAUGCUACAAGUUUAAAAAACUCUUUAAUAAAUUCAGACAAUAUUAACUGAAUGUUUAGGUUGUGGAAAUCCCUUUGAUGCACAGACAUGGAAUUGAAUCUAUUAUAGAGCCUGAACAGGCAUUAACAAGGUAUAUUUGUUAUUUAAUGGAUUGAAAUUCACUGUUAAGUGUUUAGGAAUACUUUAUUGAGCAUUAAGCAGAAAAUGUGCUGCAGUAAAGUGUCAAUAACAUGUAAAUUCUGGCAAAUGAAUUGUAUAUGCAAAUGUCCAAUAAUAAAAAUGCUCAUCUCAGCAAA